AAACCUGCUGGGCUCGCUCUUGUUUUCUUCUCGUCCCGCAACCUGCAAUCCCUCAACACUCCUCUACCACAUCACACAACAUAGCAAUGGCUAAGAAGGACACCAAGGUUGCCAAGGUCGCUGCGGCGGCUGCCCCCGUCAAGGCAAGCAAAAAGGUCGUGAAGAAGGAGAAAGAGGUGAAGAAGGUUGUUGCCAAGCCUGUUGAAUCCUCCAGCGAUGACUCGUCUUCCGAGUCGGAAGCUGAGAAGGAGAACGUCAAAGCUGCCCCCAAGGCUGCCGCAAAGGCGGAAGAGUCUAGCAGCGAUGACUCGGACAGCUCCUCUGAUGAGGAAGAGGCCAAGGAAGUGAAGACCAACGGCAAGGCCGCCGCCAAGAAGGAAGAGUCUGACUCUGACUCUGACUCGUCCGACCAAGAGGAGAAGGCCGCCCCGGCCGCCGCCGUUAAGGAGGAGUCCGACGAAGAGUCUUCCGACGACUCUUCCGACGAAGAGGAGGAGAAGGUUGAGGUCAAGACUGAGAAGCGUAAGCGUGACGCUGACGCCGAGAGCUCCGAGGAGGAGAGCUCCGACGAGGACGAGGAAAAGCCUGCCAAGAAGGUCAAGGCUGAAGACGACUCCAGCAGCGACGACUCCUCCUCCGAGGAGGAUGAGGACGAGGAGAAGCCUAAGAAGCGUGAAGCCGAGCCCGCCACCCAGCAGGCUGCCAAGAAGGCCAAGACUGAGAACGGUGCCGUUACAACGGCAGAAGCCUCUGACGAGUCUACCACCGUCUUCAUCGGCGGUCUUGCCUGGGCCUCCACUGAGGACUCCAUCAAGGAGGCUUUUGCCGAGUGUGGUGAGAUCGACAGUGUUCGCAUCAUCACCGACCGUGAGACCGGAAAGUCCAAGGGUUUCGGUUACAUCGAGUUCAAGUCCGCCGAAGCUGCCAAGAAGGCCUGCGAAUGGAACGGCAGCGAGCUCGACGGUCGCGCCAUCAAGGUCGACAUCUCCACUCCCCGUGCCGACAAGUCUGCGCCCGGUGGUCGUAACGGCCGCGUUGAGGCUCCCAAGUCCACCCCUGCUACCACGCUUUUCAUCGGAAACUUGAGCUUCAGCGUCACCGAGGACGUUGUUCGUGACACUUUCAGCGCUUACGGCGAGGUUGUCCACAUCCGUCUGCCAACUGACCGCGAGACUGGUAACCCCAAGGGUUUCGGUUACGUUGAGUUCGGUGACAUCGACACUGCUACCUCCGCUCUCCAGGGCCUGAACGGCACUGACGUUGAGGGCCGUAGCAUCAGGAUCGAUUACGGUAUGCCCUCGUCGCUAGAAUUUGACAUGCUACCGCUGUUCGUAACCUGUCCCUUCUUUUCUAGCUGGUCCCAAGCCCGACAACGCUGCUGGAGGGGGCGGUGGUUUCCGUGGUGGCCGUGGUGGUCGUGGCGGCUUCGGGGGCGACCGCGGUGGUCGCGGUGGCCGUGGCGGCCGUGGUGGCUUCGGCGGCGACCGUGGCCGUGGUGGCCGUGGAGGCCGUGGAGGCGCCCGUGGUGGAUUCCGUGGAGGUCGUGGUGGCGCACCAGCCUUCGCCGGCAAGAAGACUACCUUCAACAACGAUGAUUAGAUUAUCCGCUCCAUCGUUGCGGUCGUCGGAAAUUUUGGACACACUGGCCCAUGAAUCUGUUCACUAAGACCUAUGAACGCUAAACGCAAGGGGGGCGAUAUAACCUCACCGCGCGCCGCAAUACUUAAGCACAAAACCAAUAAUUCCGCCCAGCAACCCGUCCUAGAUCCGUCUGGAGUAUCACGGCUGGCACGUGGAAAGUGCGGGAAUGUCUCUGUCCCGCCCACUCGAUUUUCGCAGUCUUCUUAUUUAAUGCAUUCCAUCCUGUGUAUCAUAGUUUUUUAUUUUGCAUAUGCAUUUUUUCUCAAUCAUAUUCGAGUCCUCUGAAAUUCCGCUUUUGCCCUUGUUUGCCUGUGCGUGUACCAUGUGAAUCUUACGUCUUCGAGUCUUCCCUUCGUCAAGUCU